GAUGGUGAUAUUGUUAUCCCCAAAACUAAUCCAAACGACAUUUCCCGCCUGGUCAAACCAGAUAGCGUUUUCAACUCCAUGGCAUGGCAUAGCAAGAAGAAGAAGAAGAAGACCUCCUUUGCUUGAUUCCCAAAUUGCCCCUCUUCUCCACAAUGUCUAACUACUCGCAGCCCCACAUUUGCCACUGCCUCACCCGCUUAUCCACUCUCCGUCGCAACUCUCCGGUCACCGUCUCCGCCCGCCGCCGAAAGACUGGUCCGGAGUUUGUGGACGGCGUCUUUGACCUGGCUCGAGGUCUUCUCGGCCUCGGUCUCCGUUCCGGUGACGUCAUCGCCGUCGCCGCUUUGAACAGUGAGUUGUAUUUGGAAUGGUUUCUGGCUAUCGCUUUUGUGGGCGGAAUAGUUGCUCCUCUCAAUUACCGUUGGAGCUUUGACGAGGCCCUAUUGGCAAUGGAAGCAGUGAGUCCUGUUAUGUUGGUGACUGAUGAGAGCUGUAACUUAUGGUCUUCAAAGCUCCAAAACUAUGAUUUUCCUUAUCUAAGGUGGCAUGUUUCAUUAGAAUGCUCUGACUCAGAAAAGUCAAGUUCAAAGAAUACAUUAACUACUGAAACACUAAAGAAGCAUUUUGUGAAAGAUUCAUCAUUGAAUUACUCCUGGGCACCUGAUGGCGCUGUUCUUAUAUGCUUCACUUCAGGAACCACAGGAAGGCCUAAGGGAGUUAUCAUAAGCCAUUUAGCUUUGAUUGUACAGUCCCUGGCUAAAAUUGCCAUAGUUGGUUACAGUGAGGAUGAUGUGUAUUUGCAUACUGCUCCACUUUGUCAUAUUGGUGGUUUGUCUUCAGCCAUUUCCAUGCUACUAGUUGGAGCUUGUCAUGUCUUCGUACCUAAGUUUGAAGCCAAAUCAGUCCUUGAGGUCAUACAGCAAUACAGUGUCACUUCUCUAAUCACAGUACCUGCAAUGAUGGCUGAUUUGAUUUCUUCAACAAGGGAAAAAGAUAAUUGGAAGGGAGUAGAGAGUGUCAAGAAGAUAUUAAAUGGAGGAGGUGGUUUGUCAAUUGCACUAACCAAAGAAGCUGUCAAAUUAUUCCCAAGAGCUAAGCUUCUCUCAGCAUAUGGAAUGACAGAAGCAUGCUCUUCCCUAACCUUCAUGACCCUGCAUGAUCCAACAGUACACGAAACUGUUGAUAUCUCAAAGACCAUUCCAGCACACAAGCAACAAGGUGUCUGUGUUGGAAAGCCAGCUCCCCACAUUGAAGUAAAGAUCUGUGUUGAUGGGUCUUCUUACGUUGGGAAAAUUUUAACUAGAGGCCCUCAUGUAAUGCUUAGAUAUUGGGACCAAAGUCCCCAAAAGGCACCAAGCUCCAUGAACCAAGAUUGGCUUGACACAGGUGACAUAGGUUAUAUAGAUGACUGUGGUGAUCUUUGGCUCAUUGGAAGAACAAAAGGUCGAAUCAAGAGUGGAGGGGAGAACAUCUACCCUGAAGAGGUAGAGGCAGUUCUGUCGCAACAUCCAGGAGUUGGGGGCGUUGUUACCGUGGGAAUUCCUGAUGCUCGGCUUACAGAGAUGGUCAUUGCUUGUAUUCAAUUGAGAAGUGAUUGGCACUGGUCAAAUGGAAGUUUUGAGCAUUCAGUUGGGACACAAAAGCAAUUCAUAUCCCAUGAGAUUCUACAACAGUAUUGCAGAGAAAGGAACUUAGCUCGGUUUAAAAUACCUAAGAAAUUCAUGCUUUGGACUAAGCCAUUUCCUCUCACAUCAACUGGAAAAAUAAUAAGAGAACAAGUUAAACGAGAAGUAGUGUCUCAACUACGAUCUUUACAUAGUAAUUUAUGAUUGUUAUUUUUUGUAUUCAUAACUCAAUUUUUUGAUGUAUUUUGGUGAUUAACCAUCAUUUAUUGAUUUGAAGAAUCUCAUAAUUAAUCCAAUAUCAAGUUGAGCCUCA